AUGGGGUCUUCCACAAGCAAAUUCAUAAAUGAUGUUGGUUCUGUAAUUGGAGGCAUUAUUGCAGCACCGUUUAAAUCUAUUUUUGGUCGAUCAUGCGAGGAUGUGUGUGAAGGAAUAUGGGAUGUGGUUUGUUUUAUCGGGCAUAUUUGCAUAGCCGAUUUGGUGAAAUUUUUACUUGUUUGUUGUCUCUCCUAUAUAUGUCUAGUUUUUGUAUACUUGAUAUAUAAGUUGGGAAUAUGUCAAUGUAUGACAAAAAUCAUAUGUAAGACAAGUUGGGCUGCUUGUGAAACAUUUUGGUUGACAUUAGAUUAUGUGUGUUGUUUUUGUUGGCAUAAGAUUAGAUACACCAAGAGAGUUUACCGCGGACGACGUCGUAUAAGGCAUGGACACUUGAGUACGGAUGUUGAGUUGGGUUAUAAGAGUGCAAUUGAAGCUUUAAGUGAUGAUGAAAGUGCUCUUAAUAAUUAUCAUGCUUCAAGUCUUAUUAGAAAAAGAAAGUCACGAGAAAGGUUUAGAAGGGGGAGAACAAAAAAUGUUGGUAGGUGUCGUAAUUCUAAAAGAUUGGGAUCAACUAUAAAUUAUGGUAGAAGUGUAAGGUUAAGUAAAAAUCAAGUUUCUGUUCAUUCGAUAGGUAAAUCGCAAAGGAUAAUGAGAAGGAGAAAAAAGCGAAGAAAACACCAUCACAAGCAAAUGCAUAUGUCAAAUUUGAGAGAGAUUAAAAGAAGUAAUACAGCCAAAUUUAAGAAGCAAAGAACGACAUAA